AUGGCUGAGAACUCAUGUAGCGGGAUGCCCUGGGGCUUCCUCGCUACCGACGUGCCGAACGCUCCCAAGUGCAUUACCUCCUGCAGAGCAAAGUUCAUCGACGGAUUGUUACUCGAGAACAAGACACUCGAAAGUGUGUGUGAGCAUCUCUCAGACAAUGGCAACACAACAACCGAGAAAUUGCCUCCUUUCUGGGAUCUCUAUUGCUGUGAUUCUCAGCUGUGCGGCGUGGACAACCUCAAGAGCCACAACCUUGAUCGUACGGUUAACCCUUUCCUUCUGCUCUCCCGACUCUCGUCGUUCUUGUGCCAUCUUGGUGCAGCGUACAGGGCAGUACCCAUUGGGUAUCCUUCGCUCACCGACCCGGGACCCCCAGAACCAACCCGUUACAUCUGCAAUCGUAUUUCUGACUAUGGCGGCAAUCCUCUGUGUCAAAAAGAAAAGCCAGACACAAAUGUCGCAACAUCUACCAGCGUCCAACAUUCUUCUGUCUUGGCCUCGCCCGUAACACACACCCUAAUGGCAACUUCAACAUCCGAGUCCAAGUCCAUCCUAGACCCAUCCCUCGAGGCCAGUCUAGAUCCGUCCAACUCAGAUGAUAGGGGGGCACAAGGAGGAACUCACAUCUCCAAAGAGAUCAAGGUGACCAUUGGCUUAUCCGUUGUUGCAGGGGCUAUUGUGAUUGGACUCAUUAUUUUCUGUCUGUUGCGCCUCAAAUCACGGCCUCCUCAUCGACGAGGAAUUCGCAAGUAUUUUAAGCGCAAAGACGACGACUCCUCUUUCAAGGGCCUUACUGAAUCCCCGACGCCUUUGAUUUCUCCAACUUCCCUUGUUAGCCCUCAUUGGAAACCACUUACACCGCCACCGCCUCUCAAGGAGAGAAAGAUGCUCAACGUGCCACCAGCGAGCAGUCGGCCAUCUUCAGUCAAUCGAGAGCAGCGACAGGCCGAAUUCCCUGCAUCGCCAGUAGUCGCUCUAACAAGAGAUAGUCUGGUGCCCAGAACUGAGAGAAGACCAACCUUCAAUGGGGUUAACGUCUCUCCCCCGAAUUCCCCUACCGAAAAUGCCGGAGUUGCUCGCGGCAAUCCAGGAGAUGCCCGCUCCCCAGCAUCCAAUACUACGAUCAAGGCUACUCAGAAGCGGUCAAAAAUUCAGACAAAGGGCUGCGAGGUGCCCCCGUUGAAAGUCGCCGGCCUUUCAAACCCAGGGCCACCACCUUGUCGGGCACUUCCUUCAACACCAGUGUCUGGUCAAUACCCCCAGAGUCCGUUGCGAGACUCAUCACUCUCUUCCCAACCUGGUAAUUUUGGCGUCGCAUUAGGACUGGUCUCACAUAACCCAGCCAAGGGAGUUGUUCUGGAUCCAGAAGCUCGCAGUCUACGCGAGCUAACGGAAGAGUGUGAGCGCGAGUCGCGCAACAAUAGUUGGGGAAGCUGGCGUGGAAGUGUUGGAGGUUACAGCCCAACGCUUUCUCCUCCGGAUAAAUCAAAGAAAAGAGAGUUCAAGAAUCAAAUUCUUCAAGAAGGCGACCUUGAGCGAUUGGGGGGCAAGUACUAA